AUGUCCCUGGACCGCUCGCCUAGUCCGCGGCGUGAUGGAGGGUGGUCAUCGCCUGGCCUCACCACUCCUUUCGACGACACCCUCCCCAAUGGCAGGCUGCGGGGACCCAGUCCGAGUCCGAAUAUUAUGAAUGGCGGCAAGGGCAACGUUACAUGGGCGAGUGCCAAGGCGAAUAGUGAGAGGGUCAACGGAUAUCCCAGAUACCAGAGCCAAAACCAGGGCUGGUUCAGCAGAGUCAGGAAGAUGUCGGUCAGCCUGCCACUUUUCGCACACGGCGGACAAGAAGACAGGAUCGCAGAGAAGGAAAAGCUGAAUCGAGGUUGGUCGCACGACGGAUCUAGCAUCAACUGGAAGGAGAUCCCACGUCGAGCAGGACUGUUGCUGUCUAGAAGGCGGAAAUACAUGGCACUGUCUGUUCUCGCGGCGAUCUUACUACUAUGGCUGUACAGCAGUUCCCUCGUCUUCUGGUACAGAAGGACAUCAUGGCUUGGAGGUGGUUCCAAAUUCGUCUUGAUACUGGGCGCAAACCAGGGGGGCGGAGUCAUGGAAUGGAAAGGCGCGAGAGAAUGGGCAAUAGAAAGAGACAGUGUCAAGAAUAAGAAGAAGUAUGCUGCAAGAUGGGGCUACGAGCUGGACAUUGUGGAUAUGAGCACCAAGAAGCGAUAUGCCCACGAAUGGAGAGAAAGCUGGGAGAAGGUGGACGUCAUCCGAAAUGCGAUGAAGAAGUAUCCCAAUGCUGAGUGGUUCUGGUGGCUCGACCUCAACACUUUCAUAAUGGAGCCGACAUACUCGCUGCAAUCGCACAUCUUCAACGACCUCAACACCAACGCAUACCGUGACAUCAACGUGUAUAACCCUCUGAAGAUACAGCAUCCUCCAAACGGUACUUCUGGCGAUCCUACUGCGCCUAAAUUCGCGAAUUAUCUGGACGAUGAAGCAUUGUCCCCGGUCGGCGAUGGGAAGCCAGAGAGUAUCAAUCUUCUCGUGCCGCAAGAUUGCGGCGGCUUCAAUCUGGGUUCCUUCUUCGUGCGGCGAAGUCACUGGACCGACCGGGUACUGGACAUAUGGUGGGACCCAGUCUUCUACGAGCAACGACAUAUGGAGUGGGAGCACAAGGAACAGGAUGCUCUCGAGUACAUCUACACGAACCAACCUUGGGUACGCCCACACGUCGCGUUUAUUCCGCAGCGUAAGAUCAACGCCUUCCCGAAUGGAGCAUGUGGCGACGAUCGGGGGAUACCUCCUGGUGGCUGCAAGGCAUUACAGAUCGGAGACGACAUGAGAGAGUGUGGCGUACAAGGUAUCCACUAUCAAGAAAAAGAGCGAGACUUCCUGGUGAAUAUGGCGGGCUGCGAAUGGGGGCGCGAUUGCUGGGGAGAAAUGUACAACUUCCGGCAGCUGAGCAAUAGACUCAACCGCAACCCAUGGGAGAAGUUCAAAGAUUGGAUCUCGGACACUUGGAACGCGCGGAAGAAGAAGGAAAAGGCGAAGCGUGACCAGGAGGCGCUGGAGGCUCAGCAGAAGGAGGAAGCUGAGAAGAAGCAAUAA